CACCUCUAAGCCGCCCGUCAAUUGUUUUCAUGAAUUGACGUGUCGUGUUAAAUGCAAAAAAAACUUAAUAUACCGUAAACACACUCGCAUGGAGUUCCUGAAGAGCGGCAUUAAGACGGUGCUGGGCGGGACGGAGCCGGGCCAGCAGCCGAGUGCCGCCGAGACGGUGGAGAAGCUGGUGGACCGCGUCUACUCUUCGACUCUCCUGGAGGACCGUCGGGAUGCGUGCCGGGCGCUGAAGGCGUUGUCCCGCAAAUACCGGAUCGAGGUGGGCGCCCAGGGCAUGCCGCCGCUAGUGCAGGUGCUCCAGAACGACGGCCAGGAUGCGGAGAUAAUUAGCUAUGCGUUGGAUACACUGUGCAACGUGGUCACCAGCGAGGAGUUCGACGAGGAGGCGGACAAUCCCACGGUUUCGGUAAAUGUGGGCGAGCAGUUCACGGAGAUGUUCAUCAAGACGCCGGAGCAUGUGACCGUGGUCAUGGGCUACCUAGAUGAGUACGAUUUUCGUGUGCGCCGUGCAGCCAUCCAACUGAUCACAUCCCUAAUCUCGAACAAGACACGGGAACUGCAGGAUCUGGUGCUUGUCAGUCCAAUGGGCGUAUCCAAGCUGAUGGAUCUGCUGACGGACAGCCGCGAGGUGAUCCGCAAUGAUGUCCUGCUUCUGCUGAUCGAACUGACCAAGGGCAACUCGAAUAUCCAGAAAAUUGUGGCUUUUGAGAACGCCUUUGACCGCCUGUUCGAAAUCGUUCGCGAGGAAGGCUGCUCCGAUGGCGGCAUCGUGGUGGAGGACUGCCUGAUUCUGCUACUGAAUCUCCUCAAGAACAACUCCAGCAAUCAGCAGUUCUUCAAGGAGGGCAGCUACAUCCAAAAAUUGGCUCCGAUGUUUGAGCUCUCACAGGAUGCUGAGGAGGCGGGCUGGUCGCCACAGAAGGUCUCAAACUUCCACUGCCUGCUGCAGGUGGUCCGGGCACUAGUCACUCCCAGUAAUCAACAGCAGGUGGUGACCGCCUGCCAGCGUGUCAUGCAAAAGUCACGGCUGCUUCACGCUCUCUGCGAGAUUCUGAUGAGCAGCGGUGUGCCGGCGGAUAUACUCACCGAGACGAUCAAUGCUGUGGCCGAGGUGGUGCGCGGCGAUCGGGACAACCAGGAUGAUCUGGGAAGGGUCAUGGCCCCGAGCAGUCCUCCCAGACCGGCCAUUGUGGUCCUCCUUAUGUCCAUGAUCAAUGAGAAACAGCUGCUGGCCCUGCGAUGCGCCGUGCUCUACUGCUUCGAGUGCUUCUUGUAUCGCAAUGCCGAUGGCCAGCGGGCGGUGGUCCAAACGCUACUGCCCUCCAGUGCCUCCGAUGUGAGUGCCCUGUCGACGGGACAGCUCCUUUGCACCGGACUCUUCUCUACAGACGCACUGGCCAACUGGUUCUCCGCCGUGGCCCUGAUGCACUCGCUCGUGGAGAAUGUUGCCCUCAAGGAGGAACUGCUGCGCGUCCUGCUGGCCACGCCCGGUGGCCAACGGCCCAUCACGCUGCUCGAGCAGUGCACCAAUCUCAUGCAGCAGGAGCGCUACCGCUUGCAGAGCAAGGUGGGUCUGCUGAUGCUUCUCAGCCUGUGGCUAGCCCAUUGCCCGGGAGCGGUGAAGGCUCUGCUGGAGACGCAGGGCACUAUGGCCUACCUCACGGCCCAACUCUGCUCCAACGAGCACGACGAACGCGAGUUCCUGGUCCAGGGCAUGUGCGCCUUUCUCAUGGGCCUGUGCAUCCAGUUUAAUGACAACUCGCUGCCCGGACAGAAGCGCGAGGACAUCAGCCAGCUGAUUAUCAAGCGAAUCGGGCAAGAGAGCUUCUGCAGCAAACUGGCGGAGGUGUCACGCCAUGAGGCUUACAGUCGGGCCUGCAAGCAGGCACAGAUUCGGGCCAAAUCCGCAGGAGAACUACUGCUCGACUAUGAGUACUGCAAGCUGUACAAGGGAUUGGAGGCGCUGAUUGCCAAGCUGGUCAGCGGAUUCGAUGUGGAUGGCAUAGAACUGACUGAACUCACCCUGAGUUCGGAGGCUUCUGCUUUGGUUUCCCAGUACAAGGGAAUUAUCCGCGGCAUGGAUGCCCAGAUCCAAGCGCUGCAGCAAUCCUCCAAAGAACUGGAGCAGGAGAAUGCCGAGCUGAAGGAGAAACUCGGCGAGGAGCAGUCGCUCAAGGCGCAGCUUUCGGAUCAGAAUACACUGCUCAAGGCGCAACUGGGGGCCUCGGCGGGUCAGCAGGCCCAAGCCGGCCAAGGAGCGGAAACCACUCCGGCCAACCAGGAGGAGCUUAAUGCCGCCCGCUACCAGGCCAACAUGUACUUCGCCGAGAAUAUCCGGUUGACAAAGGAGCUGGAGACGCUACGUCAGCAGUUUUCGGCGGAAAAGCAGCGGGCAGAUGCGGCGCAGGAAUCGCUGGCGGCCACGCAAAAGGAUCAAGAGGAUCUGCUCGAACUGCUGGCCGACCAGGAAGCCAAACUCACACGAUACGAGGAGGCGGCCACGACGGUUUCCUUCCCAACUUCUAAUCAAGCUCCGAGUGGGAUAGCAGCUGCAGUUCCUUCGCCCGACGAGGAGAGUCCCAUCCCAAGCGGCACCGCCAGCAGAUAAGAAUCCAGGACGAGUUGCUGACGACGUAUUACAACUGGAAUUUGCUCGACUGCCCUAAAAAGAAACCUAACUAACAUAUAUACACACAUUCUACUUGUUUUUAUUUAUAUAUAUUUACUUACGUACAGAAUAUACGUCUUAGAUCGGAAUUUAAACCAAA